AUGAUACACGGUCAUCGGUGUCACCUGCGGCAUCAUUCCGGUACUCACCUCGCACCGGUACUGCCCGGUACGUCCAAGUGGGUCAAGUUGUGUCGCUUCGUCCGCUGCCAGUUGCUGGCAGACCAAGAUCAUCCGGAAACGAAGAACUAUCUCAAAAGCAAUGCGCAGAUUUGCAACGAAAACCGACGGCAGGUGUCCAGCUAUCCACCGUACGUGAUCCAUCCGUUCAGUCGAUUCCGGAAGCACUGGGACCUGGUGAUGUUUGUUACGCUGGCGUUGCACAUGCUGCUUCUGGCGUACGAUUUUACGUUUCUUAUCUUUCGUAAGGAGAGCUCCUACCAUGGAGCUAUUGUGUUCGACCUGUUUCUGUGUGCUGUUCUGACGGUAGAAAUAUGUUUGAAAUUUAUCACCGGAUAUGUUGUGACGGAUACCAACGAAAUCGUUCUGGAACCGCACCGGAUUGCGUUCAAUUACAUGAAGUCCUACCGGUUGGUCUACGACCUACUGGCAGUGUUGCCAUAUAUUAUUUUGCUGAACUACUUCAACCAUGGAUACUAUCAGUACAGGGUGACUGCUUAUCUUGUGUUUGUUACUUACCUGUAUGUGGUUAACAUUUUUAGAUUUCGAGAGAUUUUCGCAUAUUUUCAGACUCUACCGAGAAUUUUCCAAGUUAGCCAAAAGAAAAUCCUAAUAAUGAAAGUGGUAAUGAACACGGUCUACGUUCUGCACUGGAGUUCCUGUCUGCGAUACAUCCUGCCGGAGUUGUCGGCCGUGCUGGAACCCAACUCCGAAGACGUUUUAUCGCUUGGAAAUCCACUGUUUCGAACGGACAACUUUUCGGUUGGACGCUUCAUCGUCGACGUUCAUUGGAGACACUAUCGGAAUCAAAAUUUUCGUGACUAUCCCGUGGAUGGGGAACGAAUAAUCAUAAAUCCCCCUGAGUACAGCGAGUAUCUGCGGUUUUAUUACUUCAAUCGUCCUGCGGACGAACGACUGUACGAUCGGGAUUUCGUACUGUGGAAGCUCGACAAUGUUCGGAAAAAUUCGACCAUCGCAAACAGGUACCUGGCAAGCUUUAUGGCUACGUUGAAGCUCAGUCUGCAAGCCGGAAGAGACGACUCUGUUGGGUUGCACUUUGUUAACACCGUAUUAUCAACGUUCCUGCUGGUGGGGGGAUGGAUUUGGUUCACUUAUAUUAUGCUGAUUAUGGUUAGGACUAUCUUUUCAUCGGAGGUCUGUCAAACAAGAUUCGAGGAGCUGGUCAACGAGAUCAAGGCAUAUGCACUGAAUAAGCGGUUGAGUGGUUUUUUGGAAAGAAAGUUGCUGCGACACCUGGACUUCCGAUAUAGGAAGAACUAUUUCGAUGAGAAAGCGAUCGUACGGAUGAUGCCGGACAACUUCCGGAAGAAUUUACGGAUGGAAAUUCGUCGGAAAUUUUUGAAGAAUGUUGAACUCUUUGAAGAUCUUCCAGAAUCAUUGAUUGAAGACAUAGUGGAUUCUUUGAAGUAUGAAAUUUACUUGGAAAACGAUGUGAUAACUGAGGCAGGUACCAUAGGAGAUGCGUUGUACUUGCUGGCAAGUGGAACGGUCGCAGUCUAUUCCCGUGAGGGUACGGAGCUGGGGCACUUGUUCGAUGGCGCCCAUUUCGGGGAAAUAUCCUUGCUGCAGCCGGAUCACCAGAGAACCGCCACAAUUAUCGCAUUGGAAAACUGUGAAGUGUACCGGUUGUCGCAUGAGAGUUUUCAGCAACUGAUCGAACCUCAUUCGCCGUUGUUGCUCAAAAUGCACAAGUUAGCCGAAAAGAAGUUGGCCAAGGAGAUGCGAAAUGGAGAGAAUUUGUCCGAGGAGGAAUUGUAUGAUAACUUUUUGCAAUGA